GCUCCUUGGGCUUGGCAACAACGGUCAUUGACCUCCAAGCCUCCGCGUCUGAUUGAACUUGUGAAUUUAACGACAAGUCGAAAGUUUGUGUGUUGUCAGUCAUAAGUCGCUCAUCAAUUUCAAAAAAUGUCAACGAAAAAUAGCCCCGACUACAAGAAAAGAAUUGAAGCUUUGGAAAAAGAGCUGAAAGAUCUAAAACAAAGUUUAAGUGCUCAGACAACAAAAGGCAAUAGUGAUUCGCCGCCCAAGACUCCACCAAGAGGUGAUCAGCCAAAGCCCAAAACACCAAGCAGCUAUGACAGAGUGCCUAAAUCUGAAGAAACAACAAAGAAAGUGCGCGGAAAGCGCAGGAAGAACUUAGAGGGACACACCUGUGAAGAAUGUGAGGGUUUUGUCAAAGCGGCUAAAUUGAGCCCCAAGACUGUUCAAGCAUGUACAAGGCACAGAGGACCAAAGAGACCUGUUACGCCGGAAGGGUUCUGGAAUCCAGCAUGGUUGUCUCCCAAAAAGACUCCCAAAGAGUUCAUCCCUGAAGAAUUGCCAGUCAGGAAAACCUUUAAAGAGUCAGACUGCCAUGUUAUGUGAAACUUUCAAUAUGAUUCUAAAAAGACUAUUUUUA